UUGUUCCAACUUCCAUCCUUACAUGCCAUUUGCCAGCCCACCACAAAACUCCAAAAUCCUCUUCCUCUUCUUCUUGCUCUCAACAUAAUUCACAUUUCUCAUAAUCUUGGUGUCCCAGAACGAGCACUACAGAUUUUUAAUUUCAAAACAGUUUAUUUUUACAGUCAAGGUAAGGUUAUAAUCGUGUGUGCUGCCUAUGGCAAGUGGACCUUCCUAUUUCGAUGACCCUCGAAAUAAACCCGAGGUCAUUGAUCCACCCCCAAAAGAAGAUGUGUUAGACAUUCGUGAGAAUGUGAAUGAGAAUGCUCAAAGCGCCCUAAAGCCUAAUCCAGCUGUUACAAGCGGUGUUCGUGAGCUCCUCGACUGUCCAGUUUGCUUGAACGCCAUGUACCCUCCCAUUAGUCAGUGUUCCAACGGUCACACAUUGUGUUCUGCGUGCAAACCUAGGAUGCACAACCGCUGUCCAACGUGCAGACAUGAACUCGGAAACAUCAGAUGUCUUGCUUUGGAGAAGGUAGCUGCGUCUCUUGAGCUUCCCUGUAAAUAUCAAGGUUUUGGGUGUAUCGGCAUCCAUCCAUACUACAGCAAGCUUAAGCAUGAAUCUCAAUGUGCUUUUCGACCUUACAAUUGCCCUUACGCUGGCUCAGACUGCUCUGCAGUUGGUGAUAUUCCGUUUCUUGUCAGCCACCUCAAAGACGACCACAAAGUAGACAUGCACAACGGGAGCACUUUCAACCAUCGCUAUGUCAAAUCCAAUCCUCACGAGGUCGAGAACGCCACGUGGAUGCUUACGGUUUUCAGUUGUUUCGGGCAGUAUUUCUGUCUGCAUUUCGAAGCGUUUCAGCUGGGAAUGGCACCAGCGUACAUUGCAUUUCUGCGGUUCAUGGGUGAUGACAACGAGGCUAAAAACUACAGCUACAGCCUCGAGGUUGGAGGUAACGGAAGGAAGGUGGUGUGGCAGGGAGUUCCCCGGAGCAUCAGGGAGAGCCACCGUAAGGUUCGCGACAGUUUUGAUGGUCUUAUCGUUCAACGAAACAUGGCGCUCUUCUUCUCUGGUGGCGACAGAAAGGAGCUGAAACUCAGAGUCACCGGUAGGAUCUGGAAGGAGCAGUAGUGUAAAGGCCAUGUUUAUGUCUGAAGUUUAGGAGGCAAACUCUCUUUGCUUGUCUAUGCAUCAAUGAAUUUGUAGUAGUAUUGUUGUUUUGGUGAAGCCAUGGUGAAAGAGUUUGUUUCUAGAAACUAAUAUUAGUAGUAAUUCAUAAUUUCAUCACUGUG